AUGUUUUUCUCACCCCUCGCCUGGUUUGCUUACGCUACGAUACCUCCAGUGUGUGCAUUUUUCGGCUGGCUGGCUUUCCCUUUCGCCUUUUUCGCCUCGAUCUUAGCCAUUGUAUUUGGUACUAUACAGUUGUGGAAAGCAAUUACACCUUGUUCAAUAAGCAACACUACUUCUCCUUCAUCCAACGAAAUGUCUGAAUACGCUAACUUCGCAUCUACCCGCAAGGCGCUUAAAACUAUUUUUUCGCAAGCUUCCGAUAAAGAAAUUACAAUAUACGAGAAGCAACUUGAUGGUGUGAAAAAUCUCGACCCUGUUCUUAUUAUUUCUCCAAAUCAAGCUUGGAUCAAUCAGCAGGGUUGGCCGGCUUAUUAUACAGUUAUGGAUGGAUUUGCAACCAAUGGUCUUCAAAAUAGGCGUAGAGAUGAGAAUUCUCGUUGUGUCUUCCACUUCGCAGAUGUCGCCGAACUCUAUACUGUACGCGACAAUAUUUAUAAUCUCUUCCCUAAUGCCUUCUAUGAUUCUCCUUCCCGCCAAGCUCAACUUCCUAAUGCACAGCUACAACCGAUUGGAACAGCGUGGAUAUUAACAAAGGUGGGAGUACGAAAAAGUGAUUUCGGGGUAGAUAAUAGGUUCUUUCUUAUCAUUUGA